AUGGAGAGUGCACUUUCUUGGUGGAACCUUCAGGUUCAGACCAAAGGUGAAGCUGCUGCAUACGCAAUGAGCUGGGACGAGCUCAAAGAACUGAUGAGAAAGAAAUACUACUCAAGGGCUGAAAUUCAGAAGCUUGAGACGGAAUUUUGGAACUUAAAGAUGGACGGACCAAAAAUUUCUGAAUACAUUCAACGUUUCCACGAUUUAUCCAGGAUUGUCCCCUACCUGGUGGAGCCUGAAUUUAAGAGAAUUGAGAGAUUCAUUUGGGGUCUUGCUCCAGAAAUCCUGAGCAUGGUCACUUCUUCGAAGCCUCCCACUAUCGCUGAGGCUAUUAAUUUGAGUGUGGCACUCACUGAAGAAGCACCCCGUUUAGGAAAAUUCUCUAAGUCUGGAUACGCGUGUUGGUUUGGUGCGGGACGCGGUAAUAGGAAUCAAGGAGGAAAUGGUAACCAAGGUGGUAACGGUAAUCAAAAUGGUAAUAGGAACCAAGGUGGGAAUGGAAAUCAAGGAGGAAAUGUGAACCGAGGCGGAAAUGGUAAUCAAGCUGGCAAUGGGAAUCGAGGAGGAAACAAUAAUAAUAAUCAAGGGGGAAAUGGUAAUAGACUAGGCCAGACCUGUUAUGGCUGCGGAGACAUGGGGCAUUUCAAGAGAGAUUGCCCUAAAGAUAAUCAAGCCCGUGGAAGAGUGUUCACGGUUGGAGCACGUGAAGCAUGCCAGGACCCGAAUGUGGUUAUGGAGUUUAAGAAUACACCUGGCCUAGUUUCGAGUAAGCUAGACAUCUCAUAUUCUAUAGAACUGGCAAAUGGAAAAUUAGUUGAAGCAAAUGAGGUGAUUAAGGGCUGUACACUCGAACUUGGAGAGCGAGAAUUUUCAAUUGAUCUAUUACCCGUUGAUUUGGGAAGUUUCGACGUUGUUUUUGGGAUGGAUUGGUUGUUUGAGAACCAGGCGGAAGUGGUUUGCCACGAGAAAACCAUCCACAUCCCACUGUUGAAUGGAGAAACGCUUGUGAUUCAUGGGGAAAAGCGCGAGACGCCCCUACGAAUUAUUAAUUGCAUGAAGGCGCAGAAGUGCCUCCGAAAAGGCUUCAUAGCCUUCCUCGCCCACGUCAUCGACAAGGAGACCAAGGAGCCAAAAUUAGAAGACAUCCCCGUUGUGAAGGAAUUUCCAGAAGUCUUUCCCGAAGACUUGCCUGGGCUACCUCCACAGCGACAAGUGGAGUUUCGAAUAGACUUAGUGCUAGGAGCGGCACAAGUGGCAAAGGCAUCAUACCGUCUAGCUCCGUCAGAAAUGCAGGAGCUAUCGACUCAGCUACAAGAGUUGUUAGAUAAGGGAUUUAUUAGGCCGAGCUUUUCACCAUGA